GAAACACUAGAAACUGAUAUUCUCAAAGAAGCCAACACUGCGCUUGAAAAGGGAGCUUCAAUACUCGCCAGUGAUGAGAGGAUGGUAGAGAGUACAGUGACUAUGUCUGUUGACACCAGUGGGGAGACAGCUGAGGUUGAAAUUUUAGCACUAGAGUCUCUCUCUGAAGCCACCGAUGCGUUAGAGGCUGAAAUGUCCUUAGUUUUGGAGAGUCUCUACUAUUCUGGUCCGACACCAACUGUUCAGUCAACAGUACAACAGAAACCCGAAUUCCCAGAAACAGCUGGAAAGAACAGGAAGGCUCUGGGUGAUGUCGGAGAGGUUUUAACAGAGAAACCACUGAGCCAGGAAGAAGUAAUACAGUCUGUUAUUUAUGGAGGAGAUGGAAGGGAAGAGGAUGGGGGUGUUUUGGAGGCCAUGUCCCUUGAGUCAGUGACUUUAGCUGAAGUUGAGGCAUUAUUGGGAAUGCUAGAGAGUGACACGCUCACUGAAACCUCAGCUCAGUUGGAGAUAGAAGCGGAAAUAUUUGCCAAAGAGGUUGGAAAAGGAACAGAGAGGACGGUGAGGGAGGAUGACUUUGCAUCUGAGGAUAAAGAUGAGACCACUGUUCUCACAGAGGAAGCUCUGUCUGAAGCUGACUGUCUGUCUGAAGCUUUGGAAGCUGAAACAGAAAUUUUACUGGAAGAACUGCUCUUCUCGGUUCCUGGUCGUGUUGCUGUAGAAAGAGAAGCUCUGACUGCUCAUAAAGUAGCAAUGGAUGAUAUUUUGAGAGGAAGGGAAGUAAGAGAGCAUGCCAUUGGCAGGGAGGAGAGAGGGGAUGAAGGGUUUGUGGCAAAUGCAUCUCUAAGUAUUGAAUCACUCAGUCUGUCUGAGGUUGAGGUGGUAGUGGAGACCCAAGGUGGGGAUAUUUUAACUGAAACCAUAACUCGGCAGGAGACUGCAGUUCGAAUACCACCACAGGAGACUCAAACAGAGAGAGAUUGUCCACAAGAAGAGCAGAAGGUGUUUUUUGGGGCCGUUGAGGAUGAUAACCUUGCUAUAGCUGCAAUUUUAACCAAUGCUUUAGAAGUUGAAUCAGCUGUUAUCCCUCAGAACCAGCCCUGUCCCAUCCUUGGCCCUGUUACUAUGAAAACAGUCCCCUCUGGCCCAGCUUCCACAGAUCCAGCACCUGGAGAACAAGACACACCACCUGCUCCUGUUUCCCCUCCCCUUUGCAACAUGGCUCCUCCUGCUCCAAAGGAGGUACUGGGAUUGAGUCAGGAGGAGGAGGGAGCAGGCUCAGCACCUCCUGCCGGGAGAAAGGAGGUGGAUGCAGAGGGAGAGGCAGAAGGGGGACGACAGACUUCAACCCUGGGGAUUCCUGAAGGCAUUGAUCCAGUCCAGAGACUCUUCAUGGAGAAAAUCAGAGAAUACGACAACAAGUGCAGAAUGUUUGGAGGGAGGGUGGAGGCGGGACCAGACUACGAGAAGUGCCUCUUAGAGGAGGAAGCUAAGCUCCAGAAACUGUAUGGAGGAGGAGACCUGAACAGCUUCCCUCAGUUCACCUUCACUGAGCCCAAACUGGACCAGGACUCAGAAUGAUCCAUGAUGACAACCUCUCACACUCGUUUAAUUUCCCACAUUUCCCUCUCCUUUAUCAUAUUCACAAUUACCCCCUCCUUACCCAUCUUCGUCUUCUCUUCCACGGAUGAGCAAAGAGGGGGAGAGAGACAAGACCAGAAACUUCCAAAGUUCGGGUGUGGGGAGAAUUCCUGAAUAAGGGAUGUUGUUUUUCUGACUGAAUGUUCACACAGUGUGACGAUGAUUAAAUAUGGGAUAUUUUAUUAAAGUGGC